UUGUUCGGGGGACGGCGCGCGCGCUCCCGACGACCGCAGUACAACGUAGUACGUCGGCCGACAUGGACGCAAAAUCCGCGGAUCACCGGAAGUCCAAGCGUGAUUCCCGUUACGCCGAAUCGCAGCUCCGGAAUCUCAACACGAAAAUCGACAAACUGUUGAACAAACUUGAUGAGAAAGAACAAGACGAGGCGAAAACGCCGGAAGAAGAGUGCGUGAUAUGCGUGAACUCGAAGGCGACGAUGCAAACGUGGCCGUGCGGCCAUCGGGUGGUAUGUCGCAAGUGCCUGGUGCGCACCAUCCAGAUAGCGGUGUCCCGGCGGUCGUUGCCGUUGCGAUGCGUCGUGUGCCGGGCCCGAGUGUUGCGGCUCAAGAGGUCGUCGGACGGCCGCACGGCGUCCACCCCGUCGGCCGCGGGCCACAACGUGGCUGCGGCCACCACGACGUCCGCUCGGUCGCACAGCCUGCCGAUCAAACUGCGACGACACGCGUCCGCCGCGGUGGCCGUCCGGUCCCGGUCGAUGGGCACCGGCAAAACGGUCAACCGGCAGCAAGCGGUCAGCGACGGUGGACGGAGGAAACACAACUAUGCGGGCGCGGCCGCUGGUUGGGCAGAAGCGUUCACCACCAACGAAGACGGUGGUAGAGGUGGCGGCGGUGGUGACGACGACGACGAUGACGAACACAACGAACACGAUAUCGACGACGACGACGAUGACGACGAUGACGACGACGACGACGACGAAGAUGACAGAGACACAACGGCCGUUAAAUACAGCAAACUGGACUCGUCGACGGUGGACCUGAGGCGCGACCAUCGAUCGAAAAACGGUCUACGGAGGAUACUCGGUAAAUUCAAAUUCUGGCGGUUCUUACAAUUUAAGAACCACAAACCAUAGUACACGAUGUUACGCACGUAGUCACGCGCGAUCACGUAGAGCGCACUCACUAUUAUUUUAUUUAUACAUUUAUUUUUAUUUUUUGUUCUCGACCCAGCGCGUUUAUCUGCUGGUACCCAACGACGUUGCAUAUUAUUUACAUGCAUGUACGUGCGUGUAAUAAUAUUGUGUAAAACGAAUAAGAUAAUAAGACGACACGACGUGAAACGUCUGCUUUUUUUUUCAGUCCCAUUCCCUGAACGAUAUCGCGCGUGACUAAGAAUGCGGUUAAAUGAAUAAUAUGAAUAUAAUAUUAGGUUUCUAUCCCUUUUUUUUUAUAUACAUAACAAAAUAAAUAGUACAUUUUAAUUUCAAUGUCGACAUAUGCGAAUAAUAUAUAACAUUUUAACACUAUAUUGUGUAUAAACUCCCGUAUAUAAUGUAGUUUUGUCUUUCAAAACGUCAGUUAAAUGAUCCUGAAACAAAAAAAAAAAAAAAAUCACAAA